GUGAACUGGCGGCCCCUGAGGUGGCAGGGACGGCGUGGCCCACCAUGGGUCAGGCAGUGAAGGUUUUACAGCUCUUUAAAACACUGCACAGAACCAGAGAGCAAGUUUUUAAAAAUGAUUCCAGAGCAUUGGAAGCAGCCCGAAUAAAGGUCAAUGAAGAAUUCAAAAGUAACAAGACUGAGACUUCUCCUAAGAAAAUAGAAGAGUGGAUGAAAAUCGGUUCUGACGUUGAACUGCUCCUCCAAACAUCUGUCAUACAAGGAAUUCAAGAUCAGAACACGCUGAAAUUGGUCCCCAGGAAAGAUUUUCUUGUUGACAAUGUGCCAUAUUGUGAUGCACCAACUCAGAAGCAAUGAAUUUUCCAGAAUAAAACAAGUUUUCACACCA